AGUGGAGAGUGGGGUGAUGGGGGAUGCAAGAAUCAGCCAGACUUUGAUAGGACAUCUUUCAAGUAUGGGCAAUGGGAAGGAUGAUGGUGCCAUUAACAAAAAUGGGGUGGGCAGGUUCAUUAAUAAAGAUGACUUCAGUUUUGGACAUAAUUAGGGUUGAGGCAGGUCAUCUGUAGAAAUGCUCAAACGGCAUUAAUUGAAGAUAAGGGGCUAAUUCCAGGGCAAAAAUUGGACCAGGUGUAUAUAUUGGGGAGUUACCUGCACAGAGCUGACAAUCCAGAAUGGUAAGAUAAUUCAGAAUACUAGACGUGGGAAAGAAUGAAGCACCUAAUGGGCCCUAAUGGCUGUGGCACUAUAGUAGGUGUUAGUCACACUUAAGGGACAGGAUGAUGGGUCUACCAAGGAAUACAGUCUGUUACUGGAGGAAAACCAGGAAAGCAGUGUCCCAGAAGCCAAGGGGAAAAGAUAAUAAAAGAGCCCGGAGUGGGCAAUGUAGAAUUCAGAAUUGGAGGCGAUCACAUCCUAAACCUCAUCAUCACCCAAUGAUUGGCUGGAAGGAAGUUGUAAGAGUGUGUGUGAGUAGGAGAACUGAUGGAAUUUGAAGGCCAGGGUAAUUGGUAAUCAACGUGAAUACUGAAGGUCCCAACAAUAACAGGAAUAAAAAUGGACAAAAAAAUCUCAUCCAUCUGUUCAAGUAAAUUAAGAAAGGGAAUAACCUGGAGGUCAGGGUGAAGUUAACAGGACCUUAUCAAUUUCAAGAGGCACGUCUGGUAUAGCAGUGGAGGAAGAAUAAGUAUGCUGAUUCCUGGUCCGAGGAGGGAAGGAGAGAGUGAAAGUGAUAAAGCAUUCCCAUUGGAAAAGAUAGCCAGGGACUUUCAGGAGAAAUCCAGAAGACAGACGUUUAGGAGACAAAGAAUGAAAGGGUGGUGUUUACAACAGAAGAGGGUUUGUGGACCUUGAAGGAGCGCUGGGGCUAGGGCAGGAUAGGUCUGAGCCGACGAUGAGUGCUAAGGGGCCACUGGGGAAAGGAUAUUUGCUCGGAUCAAAUGACAGACCUUGCCCCGCCCUUCAGGAAGUAAAGUCCGUUGGGAACCAAGCCUGGUUUUGCUCAGUCUGCUCUUUUUUCAGGCUCUUAUAAAUGCUCACUUGUACUACGUUUCACAGCAUGCUGAAGCAAGGAGCCGCUGAAAAGGAGUAAAAAUCCACGACAUGGUAUAAUUUGCUUUUCUUCUUAAACUGCCUUACUUGAUGAGGCUUUCUUUCCCGAGUUUCACAUCGAAAGGAUUGUCUUAGGAGUGAGAGAGAAGUGGAACCAGUUGUCAUGCUGAAGGGGACAAAGUCACAUCCUUAUACUGAACCCCUUGAUGGAGGAUGGGGAUGGAUGAUAGUGUUUCAUUUCUUCCUGGUAAACAUGCUUCUAAUGGGACUGACCAAAACCUUUGCGAUUUUCUUCGUGGUUUUUCAAGAAGAAUUCGGUGGCACUUCAGAACAGAUUGGCUGGAUUGGAUCUUUGUUGUCUUCGUUCCGCUUCAUUGCAGCUCCUCUGGCUGCCACGUUCUGUGAAAAGAUAGGAGAGCAGUUGACGUCCAUUCUCGGGGCCCUCCUUAUCUGCACUGGAUACUUGAUCAGCAGCUUGGCCACAAGCAUCUCCUUCCUCUGUGUAUCUAUGGGGCUUCUACCAGGUCUGGGCUCUGCUUGCUUAUACCAUGCAGCUGCUGUGAUGACUGCUAAAUAUUUCAAAAAACGACUGGCUCUUUCAACUGCUGUUGCUCGUUCAGGGAUGGGGCUGACAUUUCUGCUGGCACCUCUCACAAAAAUCUUGAUAGAUGAAUAUGACUGGCCGGGUACCCUUCUAAUAUUUGGAGGGAUCUCACUAAAUUUAGUGCCCUCCAGUAUGCUCUUACGACCCAUCAGCAUCAAAAGGGAAGAGCACAUGGCUACCAGAAGUCCAGAUGCAGAAAGUCCACUGGAAGUGCCAGCCAGCAAUGAUGGACAGCCGCCUUCCCAUGGAAACUGCUUAGUCAGCAAGGAUGAACCAAUUGGUCAAGGGACAGCAAUCUCAGGAAGCCAAGACAAUGAUGAAGUGGUCUUCAGCAACAAGCCUCGAUUUUACAAGCAGCUCAUUGAUGCCUCUCUAUUUAAGAACCCUUUAUUCUACAUAUUCACCUGGUGCUUUCUAUUCGGUCAGCUGGCAUAUUUCAUCCCUACUUUCCAUUUGGUAGCAAGAGCUAAAACUCUGGGGAUCGACACCAUGGAUGCCUCCUAUUUAAUUUCAAUGGCUGGUAUCACAGAGACACUCAUGCAGCUACUGUCUGGAUGGGUUGCUGACCAAAACUGGAUCAAGAACUAUCACUACUACAAGGCUUACCUCGUCCUCUGUGGCAUCACUAACCUGCUCGGUCCUUUAGCCACCACAUUUCCUCUACUCAUGACCUACUCCAUCUUCUUUGCCAUUUUCUGUGGCUGUUAUUUGGCACUGGUGCUCCCUGUAAUGGUUGAUUUCGCUGGGAAUUCUGCACUAAACCGGUUUUUGGGGUUUGCUGCGUUUUUUGCUGGCGUGGCUAUUCUUUCUGGACCACCCAUAGCAGGUAAUUAUCUACCUUCCAAGGGAAUCAACAGGAAAGUAUUGGUACAUGCUAAGUUUCUAUCAACAUUCUACCAAAAAGGAACCAUUUCAUUCCUGACUUGUUUCCUUGCCUUUUCCUCCUCCUCUUCCCCAAAUGAUCUAUGUGCUAUUCUCCAAACCUGAGCUCCAUCUUCUGACUCUACGCUCCUACAGAUUCAGUCAUGCCUGUAAUGCUCUCCUUCUCUUCAUUUCCACCUCUUAAAAUCCCUGGCUUCCUUUAGGGGGUCAGCUCAAGGGCCACUUCCUAUGGGAAGUCUUUACUGGUCAACAAAGGUUAGCGGUCAUUCUCUCCUCAAAUUCUUUUGUUCACUUCUUGGUGUAUAUGUGAGACCCCCUACAAAACAGAGGAGGCCAGGGGCCAUUUUUCAGCUUUGUCCUCACAUCCCCAGUGCUUACAUGCUUAAUAAAUGCCUGCUGAAUUCAGUCUUCUCAAGGGAAUAGGUUUGGGGGAAAGAGUUUGGCCCAACUAUGUUAUAGGCAGCUGUUACCCUACACACAGAGCUUUUCAGGCUCCAUGGUAACAGCUCACUGGGAUGGAUCUCAUGGGAACGACCAGACCAUCACUGAGACAGAUUCCCAACAGUUUCCGCCUCACCAGUCGCGUCCUUGCCUCUGCAGCAGGGCCAUGGUGAAGGUGUCUCCCUAGAUUCUUAUCAUUCCACAACAGCCUGGAGAUCAGUCGUUUGACUUUUCAGGAGAAACUGCGGGUAAAACAUCAUCUGGACUAAUAAGAUUAGAACAAAACGUGACAGAAAAGUCUUGUGGGGAAAGCAUUUGCAGAUGUGGGCCCUGACAAAUGUGGAAAGCUGAGCAGAAUGACGGCAGGUCUAUGCUUCGUUCUGUUAACUUCUCCAGACUAAAAAUCCAACUUCAAUUUACCUUUUUUUUUUUAAAUGCUCACCUGGAUAUCUGUUCUUAAACAAGGUCAACAUAUUGAGAGCUAGAGUUGGAGGGGGUGAGGAACAAUUUUUAGGGGAAGAUGUUUGAAUGCUAGACAAUAAAUAUAAAGCUUUCCAAACAUCUGGUAAAAAUACAGCCACUAGAAACUCACUUUUAUGCUUCCUCCAGCCAUGACCAGUAUUGGAGACAAGGAGGGAUCUGAUUUUGCACCUUUCAUUUUUCACCUAGGUAGUUUAACGUUCAGACACUGUAAAUUUAAGAGUCAAUAAAGGGCAAAGAUCAAAAGGGAAUUUUUAUUUUAGCAUCUGAAUUUAUUUUAUUUUAGCAUCUGAAGUUAAAUUAGGGGGUCCCUUUAAAGAAAGAAAGUUACAUGUGAAGAAGAAAAAAUGCACAGGACUACAUUUAAAGUCCAAGUUUGCAUAUAGUGAAAUGGAGAAAAGGGAAAUUUAUACAACCAGAUUCCAGAUUCCUUUCUCUGAACACUCCUUCUUCUACCUGCAAAGAUAAAUGCUAUUUGGCAAAACACUAUCUAUAUUUCAUGUGGGGAAUACAGACUGGCAUUUUUAAGAUCUAGUAUCAGAAUUAAGUUUUACAGGAAACUAUAGGGAGGAGGCCAAGUACCAGAAAGUGCCCAACAGAGUGCUUGCAUGGUUAGUGCCAACAUCAACAAGUACUGAUGAGAGUCUGAAUUUAGUUUGCAUCUCUGUAAUAUGAAUAUUGCCUAGUAGGCUAAUCCUUUCAGGUCAAGAGCACAAGGUAAGAAAUGUCUCUCAAUAAUAUAGCAACUAGAGAUUAUAUAAUUUCAUUCAUAAUUCUAAAGGUAGAAUCCAGAGAUCUGAAAUUCUAAUGUGUUUAAACUUUUAAAAAUAAAUUUAAAGAUUUCAGCAAAUUGGACAACUAAAAGAAGGGCUUGAGGGGUAAGAGGAAGGACAGGAAGAAAGGGAGAAUUACAAAACAAAAUACUUAGAAAGAGGGUAAGCAGAGAAAUCACAAGAAACGUUCUAACUUCCAAACUCUGUGCCAUAACCUAUGGAUGUAUUUUUUUUUCUGAAAACAAAAAACCCAUAAAUCUUAAAUUCUAAUUUUUCUUAUAGUCAAGGAAAGGGAUAAGGUUAUUGCUAGAAAGCAAAUGUUUUUGUAUAAGGAUCUUUGAGUCUAGGGGCUUGUUUGAUUUAAUUUCACUCUAACUACUAUGGCAGCUCAAACAAAAUUAUGCUAAACCCCUCUCCCUGACAGCAGUGCUGACCUGAUUAGAAGCAGCAGAAGGGAGAAUCCUCCAGCAUCUUCCUGGUUACACAAUUGACUGGGAAGGCCUUUCUUGAACAGCAGCAGUCAGAUGUAUGUCUCUCAUCCCUACUCCAAUGCUGAGCAGUGAAGCAGCAGCAGAAAUAUUAAACCACUGACUGACUCAAGUCUUUUCAACAGGGACAGGAUUUUUCAACAGGAUUUGUCUUAAGAAUUAUCUAUGACAAAAUGCCAGAAACAAAGCCAAAGAUGGGCCUUUCCACUCUUUUAAUGCACAUUACAAAGAAUGUUCUCUUUCGUGCUAAGUCAACUAUGACUUUCCAGGACCCUCUGUCACAUAAUAAUUCUUCUUCCACAGAAAACAACUUUCCCCACAGAUCCCCAGUCAGAACAUUAAUUAGUUAAUAGCUUACCAGAAAAUUCAUUUUCCCUCUUCCUGUAUGGAAGUGAAACAGGGAAAAA